ACUUAGGUGCUGUGGGGUGCUGCUGUAUUCUGCCCUGUGCUGACUGGCUCUCACACCAGUGCUCUUUGUUUGUAAAUGUCCUGUUCACAGAAUGGUGAAGACUGAACACUCUGUGGAGGUUGAUACCCAAACAGUCUCUAUAAAAAUGUCUCUUCCUGAACUGUUUUGUUGGCUCCGUUUUGCAGGCAGCCUUGUUUUUCCCUAUCCCAUGGUCACUGCUGUCAGUACUUGUCACUAGUGAGCGUGCGGCUCUCAAAAAAUUCAUUCUUUGCAAACAUUAAUCGGGUCAUUCCCUUAUCGGGCCAUAAAAGUUGGUCACACAAAAUCACUAUGACAAGAGCCAGGCUGCUUACAAGUAUUAUGGCCAACUUUUUUCAUGCACUUAUUUACUUACUUUACAAUGACAUGGUAAGUGUUCAAGUAAAAAUCUACACAUAUCUUCAGAUCCUCUCAGUUUCUCAUUAGUUAAAAACCCACUCAUUAGGAAGAGCAAAUUCCCCAGGCAAACACAUCAGCUGUUGUAAUUUGUUCCGCCAAAGUUUACUGCUGUUCGCUGGUUUCACAGAGGUGAAGAGGAAAGCAGAAUAAACUGAACAUCAGACCGCAUUUCCAGAAGGCGAAGGCUAUAAAAAGUCUUUCUGAACAUUUGAAAUUAGACUUAUUUUUUCCAAGAUCAGUUUUUGUGGCUUUCUUUUUGAGCCUAAAGAUAUCUCAUUGUCAUCCUACCUAUCAGACAUUGUGAAGUGUCACCUCUAAUUUUUGUAUUCAAGGACACACCACAGCAAUUUCCCAGUGAACAGCACACCAUGGAUCUUUGGAUCAGGUGGCUGGCAGUCACAGUGUUGUUUAUGAUGGGAGAUGCACAGCUUCCAAAGCAGGCACAGGCACCCCUGCUUCUACACAAGCCCUUUGUCGUGGUUUGGAAUGCGCCUACUGAGCAAUGCCGGCUGAGGUACAAAGUGGACCUGGAUCUCAGCAUCUUUGACAUCGCAUCAAACACCAACGAGACUCUGAGUGGAUCCAAUGUGACAAUCUUCUAUCACACUCAUUUGGGAUAUUAUCCCUACUACUCAGAUGAUGGUGACCCUGUGAAUGGAGGAGUGCCUCAAAAUGAAAGUCUUAUCAGGCACCUUAAUAAAGCAAAAUCUGAUAUUGACUAUUGCAUACCCAUGAAGAAAUUUCAUGGACUUGCAGUCAUUGACUGGGAAAACUGGAGGCCCCAGUGGGAUAGGAACUGGGGCAAUAAAAGCAUUUAUCGAAAUAAAUCUCUUGAGAUGGUUAGGCAACGGCAUCCACAGUGGUCAGAGGAUAAAAUCAGGAAAGUAGCUAAAGAGGAAUUUGAAAAUGCUGGCAAGAGUUUUAUGAACAACACUAUCCUUCUGGCUGAACACAUGAGGCCAAAUGGUUUGUGGGGUUACUAUCUUUACCCAGACUGCUACAAUUAUGAUUACAAAGAGCACUGGCAAACGUACACAGGAAAAUGCCCAGCCAUCGAAUCUUCUCGCAAUGAUCUCCUUCUUUGGCUGUGGAAGGAAAGUACUGCUCUCUACCCCUCAAUAUAUCUGGAUUACAUACUGAAGUCAAGUCCAAAUGCACAGAAAUUUGUUCACUAUCGGGUUAAAGAGGCAAUACGUGUUGCCUCAAUUGCUAGAAAAGACUAUGUUUUGCCUGUAUUUGUUUACUCCAGACCAUUUUAUGCCUACACUUUUCAUGUUUUAACAGAGAUUGAUCUGGUUAAUACCAUUGGUGAAAGUGCGGCUUUGGGAGCAGCUGGAGUUGUUCUCUGGGGCAGUAUGCAAUAUGCCAGCUCAAAGGAGAGCUGUUCCACUGUGAAGAGAUACAUUGAUGGACCCUUAGGACAUUAUGUCAUUAAUGUAACCUCAGCAGCCAAACUCUGUAGCAAAGUCCUGUGUAAGAAAAAUGGAAGAUGCAUCCGCAAAAACAGUGACUCUUCUGCGUACCUACAUCUGCCACCCAGUGAUUUCAAGAUUCAAGCCCGUCACUCAGGAAGGGGCCCACGAUUGCAGGUGACUGGUGAACUCAGCCCAGAGAACAAAGAAGCCAUGAGGCAGAUGUUCAUGUGCCAGUGUUAUCAAGGAUGGACGGGAAUAUUUUGUGAAUUGCCUGACCAAAGCAUAAUGGAGCACUCGGUUCACAUUGUGUUCAGCAGAUCAAGAAAACAGAAACUUUAUGUCUUCUUCUUAGGAACCAUGCAGCUUCUUCUCCUUUAUAAUGCACAUUAAACUCUUCUGAGGCAGUACAAAGACAUCAGAAAUGGCGCCACUUUGACUUACAUUUUUUAGCAAAUCUUUAUUACAAAGAGGAAAGAUGUUGUUGAUUAAAUAGAUUUAUUCAGUCUU